UGUGAAUUUAUGACGGAUUGUGUUGCUGAUAGAUUGUGAUCGAUCGAGUCAUGGCUGUUCCAUCAUCCUUUGGAAGGUUACGAUCGCCUACGCUAGUGGCGCUAGUGUUUGUUGUCAUCUGUGCGUUGAGUUGUGAUGUGAUUGAUGCAAAAGAGUGUUACACAUGUGAUGGGGAGAGUUGUGUUCGGGUGUCGACGGCGGGUAUUACAGUCACCUGUCCGAACACGAACGAUCUUUGCUACACCCAGUUCGAUCAGGCUACUCUGCUGCCAAUCAAACGAGGCUGUCUUACGCAAACCGAAGCGACCACCUGCACCGGAGAUAACUGUGUCGCCUGCAACAUCGGUGAUCUUUGCAACGAGAUAAGCAGUCCCAAGCAUCAGUGUGUCGUGUGUUCGUCCCUUGUCGAAGCAAACUGUUUGGCCAAUCCGACCGCGCUGACUGCUGUGCAGUGUCCUGCUCCAUCUAACGUUGAUUUGACCGCGGCACAGUGCUACAGUCGUGUGAUCGGAACGGUGACCGAACGUGGCUGCAUAACAACCCAAACGGAUGUGGACCGCUGCACUGGACUGGAUUGUGCCACGUGCAUCGGGACGGGUUGUAAUAAGGACGAAUUCCCGGCCGAUCGUAUCCAGUGCGUCCAGUGUGACAAUGCGGACAGCUGUAACUCGGACGCCACCACAGCUGCCUACUGUGAUGACGUCGGGGAUGUGUGUGUCACGAUGAGAAGAGCAAAUGGAAACGUGAUGAAAUCGUGCAAGAACGCAAUGGUGGCAGCAGAUGCGUCCUACUGCUUGGCCAAUCCCUCCCUGUGUAGCUACUGUGGCAAGAAGCUGUGCAAUGGUGCACCGUUUAGCGCAAGUCCGGCGACGACCAGUUGCUAUCAGUGUGAGGGAAAUGGUUGCCUCAAGACGAGCGCACAUCUCGCAAGCUGUCAGCUCACGGACGACGGUUGCUUUAGCAUGUUUGAUGGAUUUAACCCCUCACGGCGUGGAUGUGUGUCCGAAUUGUCACAGCAAGAGUUAGCCGCCUGCAACGCUCCGGAAUGCAUUCGUUGUAGUGAAUCGGAGUGUAAUUUAGUGGCUCGCGCUGAUCACCGUUGCGGUUACUGCUCCAGCGUGGUGGAUUCGUUCUGUGUUGCACCCGCCAGUGGAGCCCUCCCGAUCGUCCAAUGUCCUGCACCGACGAUGGAUGUGUCCGACGCCCAGUGCUACAGCAAAAUUAUUGGCGGAACAGUUACUGAGCGCGGUUGCAUUAGUUCCAACACCGAUUUAGCCAGCUGUGCGGUUGAUGGUCAUGAUUGUGCGACUUGUAACAUUGAGAACGAUGGCGCUGGGUGUAACAGUGCCCUGUUCCCGUCCGAUCGACGGCGCUGUACGAUCGGCACGACUGCAAAUGCUUACUGCCCCAACCCGUGGGAUGAAUGUGUACAGCUUCUUCAGAGCGGAACUCGCAAGCGUACCUGUCGUUCGUCGCUUACCGCAGCGGAAAGCACCUUCUGUGCCAGCAACAGCAAUCUCUGCCAGUUUUGUUCCACGGACAAUUGUAAUGCUGCUGAGGUUAACUUCAAUUACGUCGAGUGUCUGUCCUGCGAUUCUUCCACGGACGCACGAUGCGCGACGAACCCUGCCGCACUGACUACCUUUGAAAGGUGUACCAACUGUGCCACGGCACUGGUAACUUCCGGGGGCAAAACGACCACACGUCGCGGCUGUUUGGCCAGCUUCCCAGCCGAUGUGUCGAGCCAGUGUACUGCGACCGCUGGCAACACUUGUCAACGCUGCUCGACCAAUCGCUGCAAUGUGGCCAACUUCCCAGCGGAUCGCUUACAGUGCUACCGAUGUGUUAGUCCACCCUGCAUCUCCCAUCAAGACGUACGCCUCGAGUACUGUCCCGAGUAUCGUGCCGGGGACAGUUGUCUGCUAGAAUCGGACUCUAUCGGUCAGCUGCUUCGAUUGGAUUGUCGCAGCUCACUAACCGAGGCCGAACUGUCCGCUUGCACUGGUCGCUGUCAGACGUGCUCCACCUCGGGCUGCAAUGAUCCGCAAACGCUUGGCACUUCCGGCAGUUGCGUCCAGUGUCGCAGCUCGCUAAAUUCGCUUUGUCGCGCCCAGGCACUGCAAAUCGCACCGGAACCGUGCAACAACCCUGCCAAUGCACAGUGUUACAGUCGGCUCGUCGAUGGAGUUACGGAACGGGGCUGUAUGAGUGAUCUCGCGGCGACUGCACAAAGUGCAUGUGCGCGCGGUGAGAACUGCUUGGUGUGCAAUUCGCGGACAAGCAACUGCAACACGGCCCAGUACCCGGUGGCACCGCUCGGCUGCUUCCAGUGUGACUCACGCACCGACGGGGAUGGCUGCCGGGCUGCCCAGACCGGCACUGCGGCCGAGUGUCCAACGUACGACACCGCCAACAAGUGCUACACGAUCGUGCAGUCGAACGGGGACACGGUGCGGAAGUGUUCGACGUUGGCACGCGAGGUCGAGUGUGGAACGGCGAGCGGUUGCGAGGUCUGUCUCUUCAGUGGCUGCAACAGGAAGGUGAACUCGGCUAUUGGGAAUUUGGAGCCACCCGUACGGACAACAACGCCCGGACCUACGAGCGAUGCAACGGCCGUGUUCGGUAGCUACACGGCGAGGAUCGUCACGCUGCUCGGGCUGUGGUUCGUUCAACAUACAGUAUAGUGUAGGAAUGGCAUGCAAUAAAGUUAACGUUCGCUGCAGAAUUGUACAG